GCCGGCACCGCCGGCCCCCCGCGCGAGAUGAUGGACGGCCGCCUCCUGGAGCACCCGCAUGCCCAGUUCGGGGGCUCGCUGGGCGGCGUGGUGGGCUUCCCCUACCCGCUGGGCCACCACCACGUGUACGAGCUGGCCGGCCACCAGCUGCAGUCGGCCGCCGCUGCCGCCGCCGCCGCCUCGGUGCCGUUCUCCAUCGACGGCCUGCUCAGCGGCUCCUGCGCAGCGGCGGCCGCCUCGGUGGUCAACCCCACGCCGCUGCUGCCGGCCGCCUGUGGGGUUGGCGGCGACAGCCAGCCCUUCAAACUGUCAGACUCGGGGGACCCAGACAAGGAGAGCCCGGGCUGCAAGCGGCGGCGUACCCGCACCAACUUCACUGGCUGGCAGCUAGAGGAGCUGGAGAAGGCGUUCAACGAGAGCCACUACCCUGACGUGUUCAUGCGCGAGGCAUUGGCGCUGCGCUUAGACCUGGUGGAGUCCCGAGUUCAGGUCUGGUUCCAAAACCGCCGGGCCAAGUGGAGGAAAAAGGAGAACACCAAGAAGGGCCCCGGGCGGCCGGCGCACAACUCGCACCCGACCACGUGCAGCGGCGAGCCCAUGGACCCCGAGGAGAUCGCGCGCAAGGAACUGGAGAAGAUGGAGAAGAAGAAGCGCAAGCACGAGAAGAAGCUGCUCAAGAGCCAGAGCCGCCACCUGCACUCGCCCGGCGGCCUGUCCCUGCAUAGCGCUCCCAGCUCCGACAGCGACAGCGGCGGCGGCGGCCUGUCCCCGGAGCCGCCCGAGCCGCCGCCGCCCGCCGCCGCAGCCAAGGGCCCUGGCGCACACGCCUCUGGCGCCGCAGGUUCUGUGCCCGCACCUCCUGGCGAACCUCCUGCGCCCGGCACCUGCGACCCUGCCUUCUACCCGAGCCAAAGAAGCGGCACCGGCCCGCAGCCGAGGCUAGGCCGCCCUGCAGACAAGGACGCGGCCUCGUGCGGACCCGGGGCGCCAGCGUCUGCGGAGCGCGGCGCCGCAGGCCUGCCCAAGGCAAGCCCGUUCAGCGUGGAGAGCCUGCUGUCUGACUCGCCGCCGCGCCGGAAAGCCGCCCCCACCAGCACUGCAGCGGCUGCGGGGCUAGACUUCGCGCCCGGGCUGCCAUGCGCGCCGCGGACCCUCAUUGGCAAGGGCCACUUCCUGCUCUACCCCAUCACGCAACCGCUCGGCUUCCUAGUGCCGCAGGCCGCGCUUAAAGGCGGUGCGGGCCCCGAGCUGGUGCCCAAGGACGCGCCGCCCGCGCCUGCAGCGCCGCCCGCGCCGCCGGCUCAGGCCAGCUUCGGGGCCUUCUCUGGGCCCGGAGGCGCCCCGGACUCGGCCUUUGCGCGCCGAAGCCCCGACGCCGUCGCCUCUCCCGGGGCCCAGGCUCCUGCGGCGUUCCGGGACCUAGCCUCGGCUGCGACGACCGAGGGCGGUUCCGGGGACUGCGCGGACGCGGGGACCACCUGCCCCACGGCCCCGCCGCCCCCGCCGCUGGCGACGUCGCCUGGGCCUGGCCCGCGGGCUCCCAGCCCCGCUGGGGAGCUGGCCACCUGCGGCGCCGCAGAGACUGGCGCAGCGGUCGUACCCAGCCCGCCGGAUGGCGAGGAGGUGGACAUGGACUGAGGGCGGCGGCGGCCGGGAUAUGCGCUUUGCUGGCCGGCGCCCGCUUGCUCAGGCAACGACACACACAACAAAUCAGGUGAUCGGCUCUAGAAACACUGCUUUCCCCUUUUUUUCUGUUGUUUUCCUCCUCCUCCUCUUAUUAUUAUUAUUAUUUUUUUAAGGCAGACGAAACCGUUGUAUCAAUUCGGACCUAGGCAGCAACCACAGGUCUUGGUGAGACCAUCUUCCUCCCGAGGAAGCAAAAAUAGCCCAUAGCUCCCACAAAAACCCACAACAAGAAUCCUCAGCCUUGUAAAAUGCAAAAAUGUCUAAGAAUAUUUAUAUAUGUACCAUUUUUUAUAAAUAAAGCUGG